AUGGCGGACGUGUCGGGCAGCGUGCUGAAGCGGCCUCACCCUGAGGACGAAGGCAACAAUACACAGAAGAGGACACGGUCAAACGAUGGCUCCCCGAUGCCUAGUCAGGGGGGCUCUGCCGCCGGGAAGCCCGAUAUUGAAAGAAUGGUUGCGGAGGCAAGAGCCAAGGCAGAGGCUGUUCGCGCCAGACUCCAGGCGGCACGAGGCGCAACACCUACUCUUACACCAGCCGCAUCAAGUCCGAGCGCUACUCCGCCUACAACUGGUGCCAGUGCUGCUAUGUCGAGACUCGAACAGAUGAGGGCAAGAGUCGCCGCGGCUACGGGGAAAGCCAACCAGGGGGCUCCGCAACGGCCGGCUGCUCCGGCGCCGACUUAUCAACCUCCGGCGUUUGACGAUGAAGGAAUAUCAAAGGCUCGAGGUGGGCUGGAUGUUGGACUCCAUCCAGCGUUGCUUGGGGAUGCGAUGCCGGAUUUUCGAGGUGCCAAAGGACGACAGAUAUCGCAGCAAAAGUUCGGCGGUGCGAUGGGCAAUCGUCGAACCGAAUCGCCUAUUCCGGGGAAAGAGAAGGCACGGCUCGAUAUAUCUGGGCCUUCUAUUGAAGAGAUCAAAAGCAACCCAUAUUUUGACCCCAGCCUUGGUCCUAAGGCUACGAUUGCGAAGCCACGGCAAGCACGUCAGCUUGAGUUCAACCCUAAAGGGAAAUAUAUUCAACAGGCAGCUGCUCUGCGGCGUCAGGCACAGCUGGAGGCGAUGAAAAAGCGCAUUGCCGAAAGAGCACGUCAGGCUGGUAUCGAUGAGGAUUUGGACGUGGAAAAGUCGUUUCUUGUGCCUGCUCCUCCAGCAAUCGAGUGGUGGGACGAAGGCCUCGUCAAGGGGUCUGACUACGCCGCUAUUGAUGACGAGAACAACCUAAAAAUCGAUACUCCCGAUUCCAUCGUGACGGUCUACAUCCAGCACCCUGUGCUGCUUGAACCUCCUCAGGAGAAGCACAUGCCUGAGCAGAAACCAAUGUACCUGACUCCCAAAGAGCAGGCAAAGAUCCGUCGCCAGCGUCGCAUGGCCGAUCUGAAAGAACAGCAAGCGAAGAUCAGACUGGGCCUCGAGCCGGCACCUCCACCAAAGGUGAAAAAGUCUAAUCUGAUGAGAGUCUUGGGCGAACAAGCUGUCAAGGAUCCAACGGCGGUAGAAGCUCGGGUGAACAGAGAGAUUGCCGAGCGUCGCACAAAGCAUGAGGAUAUGAAUGAGGAGCGCAAACUGACCAAGGAAGAACGACGAGAAAAGCUAGCCAACCAGCAACAAAAAGAUGCUGACAAGGGAAUCUUCGUCUCCGUCUACCGGAUUGAGAGCCUGGCGAACGGGCGGCACCGCUUUAAGGUCAGCAAAAACGCUGAACAAAAUGCGCUGACCGGCGUCUGCGUCAUGAACCCUCGAUUCAACUUGGUGAUUGUGGAAGGGGGAAUCCAUUCGAUCAACAAUUACCGGAAGCUCUUGCUGAAUCGCAUCGACUGGACGGAAAACGAUGGCCCAGGCGCCGUCCGCGAAGGCAAUCGUGAGGCACAGAUAGCCUGGUUGUCUGCAGAAGAUGAGAAGACGGGCGAGCUCAAAGAUCUCAGUUCCAACGCCUGCACCCUACUAUGGGAAGGCCAGACGAAGGCCCGCGUCUUCAGGAAGUGGCUUGGUGCACGGAUCUGCGAGACUGAUGCGGCAGCAAAGGAUACACUAUCGCGGUCCAAAAUGGAGAAUUUCUGGACGCUAGCUAAGAGCUCGAAACCUGCCGAGUACUGA